UGACGUCGCUGUUGGUGUCGUCAUUCCUUGAUCGUGAAGCCAUGUCAGCAGUUGUCAAAGAUGAAAACCAGAAAUAUUGACUUUUUAAAAUGAAAUUAUAGACGAUUUUUGUACAUCUUGUAGCACAACGUAUAAUGGAAAGUCUUGUCAUUGAAUUGAAGGGGCCAGCAACACAGAGAGAGUGAAAUAUUCAGAGUAAAAUGGAGGCGAAACGCUGCUUCAAUUGUCGUCGUGUCAGCUACAACGCAGUGGAUUUUUGCCUCCAUGAAAAUCAACGACAGCCUUUGGAGGAAUAUAUAUCAUAUAACGGACUGAAAGCAUUGUUUGGAGGGCAAAGGCCUAGUGUUUGUGCCGACUGUGUGUACGACAGACUACAGAAUUGCCAGCGAUGUUCACGAAAAGUUCCUUUGAGUUUGUAUAAUAUUGAAGAAUGGUUCAAAACUUCAAGCGAACGUGUUUGCCAGGAAUGCACGGCGAUCCAAGCAACUCAAGUCGCAUUUCGUAACGGUCUGAAUCUUAAAGAUACCUUAAACCAAUGUUUUGAAUGCUCUACGUUUAAAUCCAUCUAUUCCUUUCUGUCGUUGUGCAAUUUCAAACAAUUCGAUGUAAUCUGUCUCGAGUGUCGUAUCUACAAAGACAUUCAAUGGUAUCAUGUCGAGUUAAAUGCUAGAUACGCUCAAAAUUUAAGCCUUUCCCCGGCCCUAACGCAAGUACAAGUGGAUCGAAAUGCUAUUCUUUCCUUGGAGAAACCUUCAGUAUCAUAUGCCAGGGUUUUAGUUGACGGCCCUAAACCAAUAAAGGAAGAAAUCGCACUCAAAAAACCGGAUGUUUUGGCUGUGAACUUCCCUUCAAUGGAUGCCCCUUCCUUCUUCCAGACGGCUAUGGACGUGGACAUUUGUCAGAUGGUGUUAGUUGCCUUUAAGCGGUCGCUUUGUGAACUUGAGGGCAAAACAAGGUUGGAACUCAAGAUCCUUCAUCAAGACCCAAGCUUCUGGGAGGUUGUACUCCGAAGCAAGCUUGUUCAAAUGUCCCAGAAAUUCUCUACGCAAGCCACCAGUCGCACAUCCUUCCAAGAGGCUGAGAUCAGAUCUGCGUACCUGGGUACAUAUUGUUGUUCUCAUGCAAGUUUGGUCCAAGCUGCUGUGAAAUCUGGAUGUUUUCCACCGCUGAAUGAAUUCAUUCGAACAGCCAAUGAAUCACAAAAACCUCUACAUGUGUGCUGCAUCGGUGCGGGACCAGGCAGUGAAGUUCUAGGCCUACAUGAAGUACUUCCAAAGGACACACAUUGGUACCUCAUGGACAGCUGUGAACAGUGGUCACAUUCGGCACAGUUGCUGUUGCAGAAUAUCCCAGGAAUCAAGUUCAACUAUGGAGCAUUCGACAUAACAGCAAGAUUUCAUCCAGCUCAUAUUUUCAGGAAGGCAACUUUGUAUGCAUUUGUGAAAUUUGUGUCUGCCAUUCAUUUCCUGAAGAAAUCCACAACUCGUUUCCGUGAAUUACUAAAGCUCACUCCGGCUGGCUCCAUGUUCCUGUUUGUUGAUAAUGCCCAUCACAGUGUGACCAGAUUUAUUGAGAACCUUGUCUUCCCUGAUGGUGUCUAUGACGAGCGUAAGUCAUGCAGAGAAAACGCCUUUUACGCUCUGUACACUUGCUACGCCGAGCUACACCCUACUGAAGAAAGCAUGAAGUCACCCUAUGUUGCAGAACUUGUAAGUCUGGUUAAAUACUGGUUAGAUCGGUCUCCGCUUUUGGACUUCCAUGUGAAUGUGUUUCUCCUGGUGAAAAAGGCAACCAAGGCUGACAUAUGCAAGUCAAAUGGGGCAUCAGAGAAAUUCUGAGAGCUUUUAGAUAUUCCAAUUUGUUGAUUUUGAACCCUGAUCAACUGCUGCAAUCAAACAUCUAUUUUAGCUAGCGAUUAAGUACAAAACACCUCUAGAUCCAACACUUCAAUCAUCCAAACACUUAUUAGGUGGAAAAAAUUGUCUGAAACUGGUGUUAGCAUUGCCUGUCACCUUUAAAAAAAAAGAAAAAAAAGUAAAUGUACAAAAAUAGUGUAUUUAUCUGAGAUGUUUAUUUAUUUGUUUCCAGGAAUUGGAACUUAUACAUAACUGUACAUAUCAGUUUUAGAAGUGGCAAUUUGUGUAAUAUACAAAUAAUUAGUUGGCAUUAUUAUUACUAUAUUUAAAUAUAAUCAGAGGUAAUAUAUGUGCCAUUUAGAUAUAAUUCUGAUAGUAUUGAUUGUAGUGCCUAGUCGUUAAUGGUGGUUAGACAAUUAAACUGCACAAAAUAUA